AAGUGUCACAAUGUUGGACCUCUGAAUUUAAAGACUCUACGUGGUUGCCCUUCAGUGUAGUUAGUCGGUUGCUUUUCUCUUUAGGGCAAGUAAAUUUCAUUUUGGCUGUUACGGCUAGAUUGGAAAUACACAACGUGAUUUUACAUUAAUUCAUCUGUGUCAUUAUGGCUGCCAAGAUGUUGCCUGUUCUAAAGUUGGCCACUAAAAUGACCAUUGCAGGAGGCGCUUUAUAUGUUGCCUAUGAUGCCGGAUUACUAGGGGGAAGUGAGCAGGGCUCUGAGGUCCUAGAAAAAGCUAAAGCUGCCAUUCCUCCUGCUGUGGAUGAGUGGGUGAAGUACUUUGGCUAUGAGCUUCCAGCUAUCCCUAAAGUUGGAUUUUCCCCUGUUGAAGCGUGGAACUCAGGGGUGCAGUCAUCCAUAUCUGUGCUCUCAUCAGGCCCAACAACAGUGGGUGACUACACCAACCAAGGCUUGCAGUACCUGAAAGACCUCAUCAAAUGAAAGAAAAUAGAUAUUUUAACUAACAGACUUUUGAGAAUGUCAUUUGUGUUUUGGAUGGGUCCCUCUGCAGUCACAACCAAAUCCUCAGGAGUAAUAUGACAUGCAAAUACAUACAGCCCUCUUGUGAAAGGCGCUUGCUUGCUUUGAAUGCAUAGUACAUCAAAUAUAAAAUUCAGGGGUGAAAUACAUUGUGGAAUUAGGCUAUGGCCAGUGUUAAUUUCUGGAACCUGUAGUUCUGUAGUUUUGAUAAUGCCAGAACUCAAUGUGUGCAUUAUAUUGUGUCAACAAUAAUUUGUCAACAUGUGUGAGUCAUUUGUGACAGAACCUGGUUACCUUAGCAAGACCUGCACACCAGAAUGAAGUCAAAUGAGCUCCAGAUGGACAUGUUAAGAUUGUCUUUGGUGUGUAUGCACUGUUAAUUAUAGCUGUAUUUAUCUCAAGACAAUAAUAUGCUCUAUUCUGCUAAUUCUGGCUUUGACCUAAUUCUCUGAAUAUCCCAUCUAACAUGUUUUCUACACAAAUGUCUGUUGUUUUGUGUGUGUGUAUAUAUAUCCCCAUUUAUGAGUAAAAUAAAUGUAAACAUGUCAGAUAUGACAUGUCUGUUCUA